AAAUUUACAGUCUACUAGUCUACUAACACUAUUUAUUUUAGUCCAAAUUACCUCGAUCGUUAUCAUAUAUGUGAAAUAUAUAAAUUAUUCAAGCUUAUAGACCGAUAGGAUAGUGCUUGGUGAUAUGUUCCCCGCUUACGCUUGUAGUUCAUAUUUUGUCCAUAUCUGUCGCUGAAGUCACAAAUGUUUUGAGCAAAGGGUGACUUUAAUACACAGAAAUAAUUGCCAAUAGUUCUAGUAUUAGAUAAAACUAGACUUGACGCUAUUACGAGACGGGGUAAUAAUGGAAUAUUGACUUUCAAUGAAUGUAACAAAAUUGGAGAAUAAAAAUGGGGUUAUUUGAUCGGUUAGCUAAUCUUCUAGGAUUAAGAAAGAAGGAAGUAAACGUUUUAGUAGUGGGGCUUAACAACAGUGGUAAGUCGACGGUCAUAAAUAAUUUCAAACACGAGGAUGACCGUUGCAUAGACAUAGUGCCCACGGUUGGGUUUAAUGUCGAAAAAUUCUCAUUCAAAAAUGUUAAUUUUACCGCAUUCGAUAUGUCGGGUCAUGAUCGUCACAGAUCCUUAUGGGAACAUUAUUACAAAGAAUGCCAUGGGAUCAUUUUCAUAAUUGAUAGUAGCGAUAAACUAAGAUUAGUUGUCGUAAAAGAGGAAUUAGAUAUGCUUCUUCAACAUCCUGAUAUAGCAGGACGUAAAUUACCAAUUCUUUUCUUGGCAAAUAAAAUGGAUUUACCUGAUUCAUUAACAACUGUUAAACUAGUCUCAGGCCUUGGACUUGAAAAAAUACAAAAUAAACCAUGGCAUAUACGUGCAACAAAUGCCGUUACUGGUGAAGGACUACAACCGGCUAUAGAAUGGCUCACAGAUCAAAUCCGGGAUAUAUAUAUUAAUAAAAGACAAUAAUCGAACGUAUUAUUAUUCUUAAAUCAUGCUUAAGAUUUUAUUUAAAUUUUAAGCAUUUUUAUCUAUAAUAUUUUAUGUUUUUCUAAUUGCAUUAAAUUUGAUGAGGGAGUAAGUAACAUUUACGUUUUAACAGUACUAGAUUAUAACAUUGUUUAUAUCAAACGAAUCCGUCCAAAAUUAGAACUAAUAACAAAAUAUAAAGUAUAUCUAUAUUUAAA